AUGUUAAACACCGAUAGUGCACUGGUGCUUCUAAAGAUGAAAGAGCUGGAUGGUGAAGCUGUUGUUGUUAGUGUUGAUGGUGAAACUGUUGUUGUUGGUGCAGAUGGUGAAGCUGUUGUUGUUGGUGUAGAUGGUGUAGCUGUUAUUGUUGGUGUAGAUUGUGAAGCUGCAGUUGUUGGUGUAGAUGAUGGUGAAGCUGCAGUUGUUGGUGUAGAUGGUGAAGCUGUUGUUGUUGGUGUAGAUGGCGAAGCUGUUGUUUUUGGUGUAGAUGGUGAAGCUGCGGUUGUUGGUGUAGAUGGUUUAGCUGUUAUUGUUGGUGUAGAUGGUGAAGCUGUUGUUGUUGGUGUAGAUGGUGAAGCUGUUGUUGUUAGUGUAGAUGGUGAAGCUACGGUUGUUGGUGUAGAUGGUGAAGCUGUUGUUGUUGGUGUAGAUGGUGAAGUUUUGUGGGAUAUUUGCUGA